AUGGCAUCAACAACUUUAACAGAGAGGUCUCUGCCUGCAGGCCAACUCGAACUGGAGGAACCACAAGAUAACGUGGAAUUCAUCAACCAACAACUCGAGCCAACGGACCAUGGACCUGCUGCUUGGAAACUACUGGGAACAGCAUUCGUCUUUGAAUCGCUGCUAUGGGGCUUCCCACUAUCAUUCGGAGUCUUCCAAAAUUAUUACUCAGAGCUCCCCCAAUUUGCCGGCAACCCAUACAUCUCCGUAGUAGGCACCGUCGCCUCAGGAAUCUCCUACCUAGGAGCCCCCUUCACCGCACCCUUCAUCAAGCGUUUCCAAAAGUACCAGCGCCAGAUGAUCUGGAUAGGAUGGCCAAUAUGCAUAAUCGCACUAAUAACCGGAUCCUUCGCUUCAACCCUCGAAACCCUCAUCCUAACCCAAGGCGUAGCCUACGGCCUCGGCUUCCUAAUUUUCUACUAUCCAAUCCUCAACAUGGUAAAUGAAUACUGGGUCGCCCGUCGCGGGAUGGCAUACGGACUCCUCUGCAGCGCAUCAGGCGUCUCCGGCGCCGUAAUGCCCUUCAUAAUGGAAAAACUAUUAAACAAAUACGGGUAUAAAACAACACUACGAAUCGUCGCGGUUGCGCUAUUCCUAUUAACCGGUCCAUUAAUACCAUUCCUAAAAGGCCGUCUACCAGUCUCACGAUAUACAGCUACAACAACGACUCGAUCAGACUGGAGGUUCCUUCGAACACCUCUGUUCUGGGUAUACUCCGGUUCAAACGUGAUGCAAGGACUUGGAUAUUUCUUUCCUUCGUUGUAUCUACCUUCAUACGCACGGUCGAUGGGGAUGAGUGGUACGAUGGGAGCGUUACUUCUUGCGUUGAUGAGUGUAUCGCAAGUGGCGGGACAGUUUACGUUUGGGGUUUUGUCUGAUAGGAAGGUUUCUGUUAAUCUGCUUAUUGCUGUUUCGACUGUUGUUUCGGCUGUGGCUUCGUUUGCGUUGUGGGGAUUUGCUCAUUCGAUCGCGCCUUUGGUGGUUUUUGCUUUGGUUUAUGGGUUCUUCGGAGCUGGGUAUGUUGCCAUGUGGGCGAGGAUGUCGACUUCUGUUAGUGCGGAUCCCAUGGCUAUGUCGAUGAUCUUUAGUUUGUUUUGUUUUGGGAAGGGGAUUGGGAAUGUCUUGACGGGUCCGCUUAGUGCGAACUUGAUUUCGAGGGUUAUUGUCUUGGAGAGUUAUGGGUUGACGAAGUAUAUGGCUGUUGUUAUUUUCACCGGGGCUUGUAUGGCGCUCAGUGGUGUUAUCGUGGGCUCAUGGUCCAUAGGGAAGAGGAUGAGGUUUCUUCUGUGA